AUGAAAAACCGGCUUGAGAGAAUGGAGUCGCUGUUACUCACAAGAAAGCCCUCAUCAGUGGAUCAUAGCCGCGCCAGCUCCUCGUUAGGCGAAGUCAAGGAGGACGAUGCAUCAUACUGCUUGAUGGAUCGGAUCGGCUUCUCCAGUUUUAUUGGUUCUGCGUCCGGAUUAGCUCUCUUAUCACCGCGUGGUCUACAGUGGGUUUCCAGCAUCACACACUCGACCGAUUUGUUGGACUUUUUUUUCACCAGAGCGCGGACAUACAUGCUGGGCUGGUCGGAGGAGAUGAUGAGCACAUGGCAACAUCUGAGGCCAGACGAUCAGACGCCCCUCCCACCAAAGGGUUCCGCCAUCCUCGCGGUUAACUACUUCUUUGCCUACGUAAACUCCACUUUACCCUUAUUUGACCAAAGGAGGUUUAUGGAACGUUUCAACUCGCAGUACUCAGACGAUCCUCCAACGGGGGUAGCCUGGUAUGCCUCACUUAAUGCCGUACUUGGUAUUGGCGCACUCGUCUUGGAAGAUGAGAUAGGCGUGUCAUCGACAGUGCUACAUCCCAGGCAGAAUACCGAAGGCGGGGGCCAUGUAUUGAGCUGUCUGCGGAAUUGCUAUUCUGUCUUCACCCAGCUCUCAUAUAGCUGCAGAGAAGUUAUGGGAGUCCAAGCUUUGAUUGGAAUGGCUAUGAUCCUCGAGAUUCUGUUGGACGCAGAGGCAGGUUACAUGGCCAUUGGAUCGGCAGGACGACUUGCACUUGGAUUGGGCUUGAAUCGGGAUUGCGAUUCAGAGUCCUCCCCAGGUGAAGUUGAGGAACGACGGAACGUCUUCUGGGUUUUGUAUGUCCUAGACCGAGGUCUGAGCUUUCGGCUCGGACGUCCGCCAACAAUCCGUGACGAAGACAUCCAAAUUAGCGAGCCAGCAGACGGCAAAUUCGCACACUUGGUGAGGCUGAUGAGAAUUGAGAGCGAGAUCUAUACCAGGCUGUAUUCCGUCCGCGCUCGGGAGCCAGAUCGGCGCUCAGAAAGGCUUGCAGCCGAAGAUGAGCUGUAUCAGAAGCUGCUUGCCUGGCAAUAUUCCUUGCCUUACGGAGAGCUGCGGCCCGGUCAGGUCCUCCAUUGCCCGAAUCCAGAGCAGCUUCCGUCCACUAUUACCCUGCACGUUGAGUUCUACCAUUGCCAGUUAAUGCUCUGGCGCUUGGAAAUCGGCGCUGAAACAUCUUCCUCCCCAGAAGACCCUCGUUGGUCUUCCAAGCGCACGGCAUGUCUGGCCGCCGCGAGGGAUACAGUCAAGCUACUUGACAGCUUACGGGAGGGUGGUGAAUUGUUUCGGAAUAACCUGGCGCGGCGCCUAUCAUACUACCCCCUUUGUGCCUUUGUGAGACUCUUCAUCAAUGUCCUCCUGAAUCCGCACGAUCCUAGCGCCUUCGCAGAUCUAGACUCGCUUCGAAUCGUGCUAAACACAAUGUCGGGACCUCUGCUGACAAGCAGCUCGCCCUUCGCUUUGUUUUUGUUUGAAAUAUUUCAGAAACUGACGAGAACUGCCGAGGACUUCCUUGUCCGCACUUUAUCGGGUGAAGCGAACGAAACAGGCCAUGAAGUGCCGUCUACCAUAGACUCCUCAUUUGGCAUCCCUAGAGACGAUCACACAUUAGGCGGCUGGUGUCCGCAGCUACCUCCACCCUUUUCGGACUAUGCGGUGCUCUCCUAUGAGGAUUCUGUUCCAAUCCGAGAAAAGGAACCACUGGCAAAGAUGGACCAGAUUCUUUCACACUCUGGCAUAGGCGCAUCGGAUACCCUGUUCCCUGGGUAUGAGCGCUUUUCGAGCGAGGUACAGGGUGUUGAUUCGGGUCUUUCGUCCCCAUCACUCCAUCGUGGCUGGCAAAAUCCUACCACGGUGCCAGAUAGCUCCAGCAGUUUCGGUCCUCCAUCGUGA